AGAUUAUGUGAUCAAGAAUUAGUAAAAUAAUGAAUAUUUAGGACCAUGUUGAUCAUAGACUAUAAUCUUGUUGUAAGAGCUUGCUAAAUCUCUAGCAACCACUAUUGUGAUUAAUUAAGAUUAUAUAUAUAUAUAUCUUUGACUUAUUAUAAAUGUAACUGUUUUGCUUUUUGGCUGAAAAGGUGAAAUUGUGAUGAUGGAGAAAGAUAGAAUUUCUUCAGCUAUGAUCAUUAUGCUAAUCAUUUUAAUGUUAAAAUCUGUUAACUUUGUUUCUGGUACAGAAAAUCUUAUAGAUACAUAUUGUCCAGAUAAUUUUCCACUUUACACUUCCAGCACUUUAUUCCAGAAGAAUCUCAAGCUUCUCAUGGAAACUCUAUCCUCAAACAUAGUAGCUUCAAACACAAGUUUCUUCAACAAUACAUCAACAGGAGAAGGACUAGACAAAGUGUAUGGACAAGCACUAUGCAGAGGAGACAUAACAAACUCAACAGUUUGCAAAGAAUGCAUUGAGAAAGCAAGUAAAGAUUUAAUGAACAGGUGUAAGAGUGAAGAUGCAAUGAUAUGGUACGACGUUUGUCAAGUUCGGUACUCGUUUCAGAUGUUUUUCUCAAACGCGGUUUAUACCGGAAAAUAUCCAAAGCAGAAUGAUCUAGAGAAGCGCGUCUCGGAUCCUACUAGUUUUCAACAAGUGUUGACUUAUUUAAUGAACAAUGUCUCAAAUGAGGCUGCUUUCAAUCCUGCUAAGAACAUGUUUGCAACUGCGGACAUAGAGUUUUCUAAGAAGAAAAACGCGAGAAUAUAUGGACUUGUUGAAUGUACAAAGGACAUUUCCGAAACGGACUGCAGGAGUUGUUUGAGUUCUGCAAUCACAGAACUCAAUGCAUGCUGCUCAUACAGGGAAGGAGGGAUUAUUGUUAGUCGAAAUUGUAACGUUAGAUUCGACCUGUUUGAGUUUUUUAAUGCUUCUUCAUCAGUAGCACCCCUUUUGAUUUUCCCAACUUCCAAAGGAGGGAAAUGGAAGCCUUGGAUGUUUGUGUUGACUAUAUGUGGCUCAAUUUUGAUAAUAUCAGUUCUUAUUGUGUUUUGCAUCGCUUGCCUCCGGCAGAAAAAGGCCAGAGAGGGAGACGAAGAAAGAACUGAAAGGACACUAUUACAAGAGUUGGCUAGCCCCAAGAAUGUAGCAAUCACACAAGAAGGUGAGUUGAUCAGUUCUGAUCAACUGUUCAUGACUUUAGCAACCAUUAAGGCGGCUACCGGCAACUUUUCUGAUACGAAUAAGCUGGGACACGGAGGGUUUGGUACAGUCUACAAGGGUGUUCUACCAGAUGGUAAUGAAAUAGCAGUUAAAAGAUUGUCAAGAAAGUCUUGGCAGGGCUUAGAAGAAUUCAAAAAUGAGGUUAUUCUAAUAGCUAAACUUCAACACAAAAAUUUGGUGAAGUUGUUGGGCUGUGUCUUAGAAGGAGAGGAAAAGAUACUCAUAUAUGAACUCAUGUCAAACAGAAGCCUUGAUCAAUUUAUAUUCGAUCCAUUCAAACGUCCUAAACUUGAUUGGAAGACAUGUUAUGGCAUCAUCGGCGGCUUAGCAAAAGGACUUCUUUAUCUGCACGAGGAGUCUCGGCUUAAAAUCAUUCACCGAGACCUAAAGCCAAACAAUGUGUUGUUAGACCAUGAACUAGUAGCCAAAAUAUCAGAUUUUGGUAUGGCCAGGAUGUUUUCUGAGAAUCAGAAUACAGCAAACACAAAAAGAAUUGUGGGAACACAUGGAUAUAUGGCUCCAGAAUAUGCAAUGGAGGGACUAUUCUCCGUGAAAUCUGAUGUCUUCAGCUUUGGCGUAAUUAUGCUUGAAAUCAUCAGUGGAAAAAGAAAUAACGGCUUUUACACAACCAAACUUGCCCCGACUUUGCUGGCACAUGCUUGGCGACUGUGGAACGAAGGAAACAGAUUAGAAGUUGUGGAUCCUAUAUUACUAGUAUCGUGUCGUGAUUCUGAAUAUGAAGUAGUUCUUAGGUGCGUUCAUAUUGCGCUCUUGUGUGUGCAGGAAGAUCCGCAACACAGGCCGACCAUGUCAAAUGUUGUAGUUCUACUAGGAAGUGAAUCAAUGGAUCUUCCCCAACCAAGACAACCAGCAUUUUCAUCGGGUAAGGCGAUUCACGUAGAUCCUACUGCAUCAAUAAAUCAUUCAGUGAAUGAGAGUCUAUGGUCUAAUGUUACACCACGAUGAUAUCACGAACAAUGUAUGUUGGGGUGAUAGUAUUUUACCGUGCAUUCUUCAUUGUAAGUGUAACAUAGAAUUUGGAGAGCUGAUAUACGAGAGAAAUAGGCACAAGUGGAAGAUUGAUGGGGCCGUUUUGUGAACCAUGAUGAUAUACCAGAUAAUAUGCAUGAUUCAUGUAUAGGGAAUUCUGAAUUGAUUUGUGAAAUUUGGGACUCCAU